AUGGCAUCCUCUCUGACCCUCCGCUCAACAUACCGGAUGAACUCCGGCCAUGAGAUCCCAGUUCUAGGAUAUGGGGUAAGUUGUACUGCUAACGAUGACCUGUUCAGCCCCGCAUCCACGACUGAGCAAGUUACCCUCGAGGCUUUCAAACAUGGCUAUCGCCAUCACCAGGUUGACUCGGCAAUCAUGUAUCGAAAUGAGAAAGCAUGUGGCCACGCCAUCAAGAACUCGGGACUGGAUCGAUCGGAACUGUUCUUCACAACUAAGAUUCCCCCAGGCUCAAUGGGAUACGAAAGGUCCAAGAAGGCCAUCGAUGGCAGUCUGCGGGAAGCUGCCCAGGAUUAUUUUGAUCUAAUCCUUAUCCACGCCCCAUACGGUGGUAAAGAAGAUCGCCUCGGCUCCUGGCGUGCUCUUGUCGAAGCUCAGCAAGCUGGCAAGGUCCGAUCCAUUGGAGUGUCCAACUAUGGUGUCCACCAUCUCGAGGAGCUGGAAGAAUACAUCGCCAAUGGCGGUGGUAGCCAGAUCGACGUCGGACAGUACGAACUCCACCCGUGGCUUGACCGAACGGGUAUCGUGGACUGGUUGAAGAAACGAAACAUCGUUGUCGAGGCGUACUCGCCUCUGGCGCAUGGAUACAGAAUGGGCGAGCCAGUGUUGCACUCGUUGGGGAAGAAGUAUAACAAAUCACCUGCCCAGAUAAUGAUUCGGUGGGGACUUCAGAGGGGCUUCGUUCCUCUUCCUAAAUCCGCUACUCCUCAGCGUAUCAAGGAAAAUGCGGAAGUGUUCGACUUUGAGCUUUCGGCUGAUGAUAUGAAGGCUCUUCAGACUGGGGAAUAUUCUCCCACGGACUGGGAUCCUACGACUGAUUAUGAUUAA